UCAGAUGAUCAAUUUUGAUCAGGUGACGAUUUUCCAUUAUUCUGGUCGCUGCUUGGUAUUUCUUUUCCAGAUUUGAGUUAUUCAAUAAAUUCAUUCAAUAUUUCUGCAAAAAGCUAACUUAUAAUGGCGCUCUUGUCGGCAGUUAAAGGUAAACUCAUUUCGGUCAUCGGUGACGAGGACACAUGUGUCGGUUUUCUGCUAGGAGGAAUUGGGGAGAUCAACAAAAAUCGCCACCCGAACUUUAUGGUCGUCGAUAAGAACACGGCAGUCAGCGAAAUCGAGGAUUGCUUCAAGCGCUUUAUCAAGCGUGAUGACAUCGAUAUCAUUCUGAUCAAUCAAAACUACGCCGAGAUGAUUCGCCACGUGAUUGAUGCGCAUACUUCUCCAACGCCAGCCGUACUGGAAAUUCCUUCGAAGGAUCAUCCAUAUGACGCUAGCAAGGAUUCGAUUCUCCGACGUGCAAAGGGCAUGUUCAACCCAGAGGACUUGAUCGGAAGCCGGGGUUAGUUUCGAGUCCUAGUGUGUAUAACAAUCGUUCUUUACUAUAUGUAACAAAUAUUUGCUAUUAUUAGCCAAAUAAAGCCAUUCCGCUCUAUGUCGUGUUCACGAAUCUGCCCACUGGUUU